UGAGCCCUGCGAGCAUUCCCUGGCCCCGCGAGCUCCGGCUGAGGGAGAGGAGCGACACUGUGAGGCCGCCUCUGCUCUUUGUGUGCCCUCAGCUGCUGCAAGGGGCUGGGAGGGUGUUUCACAGUCAUGGGGAUCAUGCCCAAGAACCACUUUUACAACUCCCUCCGUGGCUCCUUAAAGCAUGCUGCUGGCCAUGGGGAAAGGCAGGCAGACAGGGACAGCACUUCUAAGUUUUUCCAGUAUGGCUGGAGGUGCACCACCAGUGAAAAAGAUUACUCAAACAAAACCCUUAUGGGGAACUGGAAUGAGGAGCGCUACGAUAUACAGAAAAUUGUACAGCCCAGGCCACUUCCUUCCCAGUACUCUCACUGCUUUGAAACAACAUACUCUUCGGAUUACAACAAGGAAAAGCAUCAGAGAACAAGAAGAUUUGAACGAGAACCUCACUGGUUUCCAGGCCAUUAGCCUGAGCUGGAACCUCCUUCAUUCAAAUCAACUGCACAGUCCUGCUACACAGUAGACUACAGGCCUCCGUAUGGCACCAAUUUCUUUGCUCUUGUCCAAAAUUCAGAGCAGAAGCAAGAAGGAUACAACAGAUGUGGAGAGAAUCUGCAGACUAUGCCUUCAGAAUAACAGGAGGCCUGUCUGCUAGCAGUGCUACAAGGAUAUCCUUCAAGCAAAAAAACAAAAGAAAACAAAACAAAAAACUAUUACACGUUAAAACUAAAUAUAGAA